GGGGAGCAAAGGGAAGAAGGUGCGAGGCAGGAGGAACAGCAAAUAAGAAAGGCUGAAGGCAAGAAAUGAUGACUCUGAAUUCCCACAUUGCUGAAGAGUGGAGUGCAAGUGUCACUUUGUGGCCAGAUGAGGCUGUGAAAGUAGGCAAGGGUCAGGUCCUGAAGCACAUUUUGUGCCUUGAAAGGAACUUUGCCUUAAUCUUAAAAGCAAUGAGAAGGUACUAAGGAGCUUAAGCAGGAGAGACAGAUGACCAGAUUCUCAUUUUAGAAUGCCGGAGGGUGAAUGACGGGAUUGAAGGAGAGUAAGCCUGGGAGCUGGGGGAUGUUCCUGCAAGAAUUGUCCAGAUAGGAUAUGACGUCAGCCUGGGCUAGGGGAGUAGUGGUUGGGAUGAAGAACGGAUGAAUUAGAAAGAGAAUUAUGUGGCAGAACCUGCAGGCUUGACAGAUUGGUUGUUGAUGAUGAGAGAAAGAAAUUAAUGGAAGAACACUCUCAAAUUUCUGACUUGAUCACUUGGAUACCUUUUACUGAGACACGAGACACUUGAGGCAGUGCAGGUUGGGAGGCGUGAAGGUUUGGAUCAUGAAUUUAGUUUGGGAUCUGUUAGGUUUAAGAUGCCUGUGAUAUAACCAAGGGAAAAUAAGCAACUGAGUAUACAGUUCCGAGAUUACAUGGAAAUGUAUGCCAUAGAAGCAGAUGAGAUUUUAAUGGGGUAUAUGUAUAAGAGAACCUUGUUUAGGAAAUAACACUGGGGACAUCAUAUGUAAGGUACUGACAGAGCAGAGUAGAGUUCGGCUACCAACCAGAAGGUCGGCAGUUCAAAUCCACUUGCUGCUUCUUGGAAACCCUAUGGGGCAGUUCUACUUUGUCCUAUAGGGUUGCUAUGAGUCAGAAUUGACUUGGCAUCAACAGGUAUGGCACAGAGCAGAAGCCAAUUACACUCACUGAGAAUGAAUGAAGGGCCAGGCAAGUAGCAGAAAAAACAGACCAUUGGUUAUGUCACAAACUAAGAGGUAUGAGUGUUUUGAAAGGAGGGCAUAAUGUUAUAUAUUAUAGAAAAGUGAAAAAAAGUCAUUUUUGAUUAUUGAGAUUCUGAUUAUAGAAAUUGACAUUGUUAUGAUGAGGGAAAAAUAAAGUAUCAUUACAGAGCAUCUAACAGACCACAUAUCACAGAAAUACGUUUAUUCCUCUGGUCAGGUUUUUAAUGAACACUAUUGUUUCUUCCUAGUGAUGUUAGCAACAGAGAAUGUCAGGAAAGAAUCAAACCACCAUCUUUGAGUUCAUCCUCCUGGGCCUGCCCAUUGAUCCAGAGCAGCGAAUCCUGUUCUAUGGCCUGUUCCUGGCCAUAUAUGUUACCACCGUCCUGGGCAACCUCGUCAUCAUAGUCCUCAUUCGACUGGACUCCCACCUCCACACAACCAUGUACUUCUUUCUCAGCAACUUGUCCUUCUGUGAUCUCUGCUUCUCCUCAGUCACAAUGCCCAAAUUGCUGCAGAACAUGCAGUGCCAAGUCCCUUCCAUCUCCUACACAGGCUGCCUGGCCCAGACAUACUUCUUCCUGUUUUUUGGUGACCUGGAGAGCUUCCUCCUUGUGGCCAUGGCCUAUGACCGCUAUGUGGCCAUCUGCUUCCCCUUGCACUACACCACCAUCAUGAGCCCCCAGCUCUGUCUCUCCCUGGUGGCACUGUCCUGGGUGCUGACCACGUUCCAUGCCAUGCUGCACACCCUGCUUAUGGCCAGGUUGUGUUUUUGUGCAGACAACUUGAUCCCCCAUUUUUUCUGUGAUAUGUCUGCUCUACUGAAGCUGGCCUGCUCUGACACUCAAGUUAAUGAGUUGGUGAUAUUUAUCACAGGAGGAGUCAUUCUUGUUGUCCCAUUCUUACUCAUCAUUAUGUCCUAUGCAAGAAUUAUCUCCUCCAUCCUUAAGGCCCCUUCUGCCAGGGGCAUCCGUAAGGCUUUUUCCUCGUGUGGCUCCCACCUCUCCGUGGUGUCACUGUUCUAUGGGACUGUUAUUGGUCUCUACUUAUGCCCAUCAGCUAAUGAUUCUACUAUUAAGGAAACUGUCAUGGCUAUGAUGUACAAUGUGGUGACCCCCAUGCUGAACCCCUUCAUCUACAGCCUGAGGAACAGAGACAUAAAGGGAGCCCUGGGAAGAGCCUUUCAUAAAAAGACAUUUCCCUUCUAUCUAUGAUGGUAGCACUUGGGAUUUCAUAUUUUUUUUUUUUUAUCCAGUAGAGAUGCUGAUAUUUCAAUAUUAUUUCAGACUUCUUUUUUUGUUCAUCAUAGAAAGUUCUAUUAAAAUGAAAUACUGCAGAAAUAUCUAAUAAUAGAAGAGAGAUAAAGUGGAGCUAUCUUGUUGAACU